GGACACCAGAAGACAAGCAGAGAGAGACUCCUCCAGACCCACUCAGACCACACGCACGCUCUCCAAGAUGGUAUCCCGUAAGGCUGUGGCUGCUCUGCUGGUGGUGCAUGCAGCUGCCAUGCUGGCCUCCCAGACGGAAGCCUUCGUCCCCAUCUUCACCUACGGCGAACUCCAGAGGAUGCAGGAAAAGGAACGGAGUAAAGGGCAAAAGAAAUCCCUGAGUGUAUGGCAGAGGUCUGGGGAGGAAGGUCCUGUAGACCCUGCGGAGCCCAUCGAGGAAGAAGGAAAUGAAAUGAUCAAGCUGAUUGCUCCUCUGGAAAUUGGAAUGAGGAUGAACUCCAGACAGCUGGAAAAGUACCGGGCCGCCCUGGAAGGGCUGCUGAGUGAGAUGCUUCCCCAGCACGCAGCCAAGUGACGGCCAUGCUGGGGAGAAGGUGGACAGAUUUGGGAGGACUCUCCCGCCCAAGUGAGGCCCUGGGAAUUUGCACAGCCUGCCAGCUGGGCUUGGAAGAAUAACACCCUUUCCAAAGCAAAUCCCCCUCCAGCAAAUAAAGCAUGAAAUAUACAG